CGCCGAAAACGGUGAAGUAAAUGGGCAUCGUGGCGGACGUGAAUUGAUUUGCCGUUAGAAUCUCUCUCUGCACUCUCUCUCUCUCCCUGCGUAGUCAUCAUCAUCAUCAUAAUAAUAAUAAUAUAAUGGAAACGAUGAAGCAAAAUGCCCAGAGGGAAAGGCACGAUUCAAACAACGCCACGAACAAAGUCGAGAAAAUUUUGUUGUAUGGAUUUGGUUUCUUAUGGCUUCAUUUAUGUAAAUCGAUUGCUGACAACAACAAAGACACUCAAUCUGUUGCUUCAUUCCAAAACAGAGAUUCAUUCUGCAGAGGAAAGGAAAGGAAGGAAACCGACCCAGAAAGAUAGCGUAGGGAGAAAAAGAGGGAAAGCUUUCUUUCUUAACUUCAAGAUAUCCAAUCCCCGUCUUACUGCUUGUUGGCUGUUAGUAUUUGAGGAUAUGGGAGAUCACUUUGCUUUACUUGUGGAUCGUUUGCUGACUGAAUCGACUUUGGAAGCUGCAAUUGAGAGCAGGAACCCAGGGAAGCGGUCGGCAGCCUUAGGAACUGAGAUCACUAAAAUUGAUUGCUCUUCACAUGACAUAGAUAUAAAAGAUAUUUCAUCCCCAAGGAAGAUGGUAGAAUGCAAGAUUUGCCAAGAUGAGGAUGAAGUUUCAAAUAUGGAGACACCUUGCUGUUGCUGUGGUAGCUUAAAGUAUGCUCACCGCAGAUGUGUACAAAGAUGGUGUGAUGAGAAGGGCGACACCCUGUGUGAGAUAUGUCAACAGCCAUUUGAACCAGGAUACACGGCACCUCCUCCUAUGUUUCAAUUUGGGAGUGUUCCAAUGAACUUUAGAGGAAAUUGGGAGAUUGCCAGAAGGGACGUCAAUAAUACUCGCUUUAUAGCAAUGGUCUCAACUGACCGCAAUUUUCUUGAUCCAGACAAUGAUGAGUACACAGUUUCUGCAUCGAGAAACUUGUUUCAUUGCCGUUCUGUUGCUAUAAUUUUCAUGGUUCUUCUGAUCUUACGGCAUGUUCUUCCCAUAGUAAUUGAUGGAACCCAGGACUUAUCUCUCCCCUUAUUAUUGUUGUUGGCUCUGCGAACUUGUGGAGUUGUUCUGCCGAUCUACAUUGUCGCGAGGGCUGUGAAUGCCAUCCAUUGUCGGCAACGUCAACAGCAGCAGCAGCGUCAUCAGGGGUCUGGUUCUGGCAACAUCUCUUCUUCUGAUACCUCUUCUUCUUCAUCCGAUGAGGAAAGUGGACUACUGCCAACUCCACACCACCGCCACCACUACCAUCAUCCUCAAUUCAUUUCUAUUCACUAAAUUAAAUUUGGGCAGUUCAAGAAACUACUUUCUCAUGGACAGGACAGGACAGGACAGGAAGGAGAAUUUGAAAGUGGUGUUACCAUAAAUUCUAAAUUUAAACCCUUUGAUUUGAAGCACCCUUCAAGUUCCCAGGACAUAGGUUUUAUUUCACGUCUCUGUCUGUGUCUCUGUUCCUGUUCGUAUUUGUUCUUAGUUGAGUGUCUAAAUAGUAUUUUCGUUUCGUUACUAUCUGCGCGCACUUCAUUCCCUUUCCUUCCCUGAUGAUUAUUGGCCCGGCCUUCAGAAAAUUACAUGCACAGUCGAAUGGUGGAUUAAUAUCGAUGAUGAUACUGUAUGUAUAUAAUACACCAACAGAAAGAAUUUACUAUAAUCAAUACUAUUGUUAUUAUUAAGCCAA